AAAGAGUUUCUUCAAGUUUGCCAGGUAAAUGCAGAGUUGUCUUAGAGGAGGGUAUACAGAGGGAAUCUCAAAUUGUCUUGUAGAUUAUCAGGAGACACCAGAGUAGGUUGAUACUUUCUCCCUCUCUUGCAGGCAUUUGCAAAAUUUUCCCUUAUGCUUUAAUCUUUAGAAACCUAUACAUUCACGUGUCACUCAGCUAUGUACCAGGGAAAGGCACUAGUACUAGUUUGGCUAGGAUGUUAGGUCUCUUAAGAUUUUACAAAAAUCUAUAGAUCUAGAUUAAAAACAUCUUUCCUAGUGGGCUCUCAUUGAACAAAACCAACUACUGUUGAAGUUGAAAUUUUAAUUUUUUUUUCAGUUAAUUAUAAGCCUUUUGGUUUCUUCCACAGCGGGGGUCCUAUGAUAUGGAUGUUAGUAAUUGCAGUCCAUGAACAAGUCCUCUGACCAGGCCAAUAAUUUCUGGGCUUGGCUCUAGCCUUUUGAUAUACUGGCCUGUGGGACAGAAGAGACUGCUGGAAUUUGGGUGUGCUGCAUUCAGCUUGUUGAUGCAUGGGAAGACCUAAGGAAAGUUAAGUGAACUCUAAGCAUACAAACAGGAUUGCUGUACUAGUGUGUGCAAAGAAAUAUAAGUGAGAUAAGCAGCCUUGUGUGUGUGGCAUGCAAGGGGGAGGUGGCCCCAAGAGUCCUGCUAUUAAGACAGAACUCUUACUGGCUACUGGUCAAGGUCCCCCCCCCCCCCCCCCCCCCCCCGCCACUUCCCCUCCUCCAAAGCUGAAUGUUCUGCUUGGAAAACUAGUUCCUUCAGCGGUUCCCUAUUUCAAAUAAAAGGAUUUAAGUUGACGUAUGACCACGUGAGCACAUAAUACAGCACAUUAUUGUGGCGUUUGGAGCGGAGACCCAGGCAGUCUUUGCCUGUGAUUACGUUUUCUAGAUUCUCUACAGAGUGAGAGCUUUCUCCCCCACCCCCACACACCCACCUCCUCCUUCUCCUUCCCCUUCUCCGGCGAGUGCUCUUCCAGCGGGUUGCAGUUUUCAGCGCCCAUGGAGCAGUUGUGGGCAAGCUAGCCGAUGGGACUCGUGGCCACACCAGGAGGAUGGAAUUUAUUUUAAGGUCUGCUCGGGGCGGCCAUUGGCGGCGGAGCGUCACGUGACCGCGGGGGGCGUGCCAAUGUGCGCCUUCACGGGUGUCAAGCCCCUGUCAGAGUGUGCGAUCAAGAUCGUGAAACAACGCGAUGCAAAAAGCUACCUACUACGACAACUCGGCGAUCUACGGUGGCUACCCCUAUCAGACAGCCAAUGGGUUUGCUUAUAACGCCAAUCAGCAGCCAUACGCGGCGUCUGCUGGCCUGGGCGCAGAUGGCGAGUACCAUCGACCUGCUUGCUCUCUCCAGUCGCCAGCCAGCGUUGGGGGCCACCCCAAAGCCCAUGAGCUGAGUGAAGCGUGUCUCCGCACCCUGAGCGUCCCUCCCAGCCAACCCCCAGGACUGGGAGAUCCACCCCUGCCCCCACCCCCACCCCAGGCAGCACCCCCAGCCCCACAGCCGCCUCAGCCCCCACCGCAGCCCCCUGCGCCCACCCCUGCAGCCCCACCUCCCCCUUCUUCUGUCUCCCCCAGUCAGAAUGCCAACAGCAACCCCACCCCUGCCAGCGCUGCCAAGAGCCCCCUGCUCAACUCUCCUACCGUGGCCAAACAAAUCUUCCCCUGGAUGAAAGAAUCAAGGCAAAACACAAAGCAGAAAACCAGCGGCUCCAGCUCAGGCGAGAGCUGCGCUGGUGACAAGAGCCCGCCUGGGCAGGCUUCUUCUAAGCGCGCGCGCACGGCCUACACGAGCGCGCAGCUAGUGGAGCUGGAGAAGGAGUUCCACUUCAAUCGCUACCUGUGCCGGCCGCGCCGGGUGGAGAUGGCCAACCUACUGAACCUCACGGAACGCCAGAUCAAGAUCUGGUUCCAGAACCGGCGCAUGAAAUACAAGAAGGAUCAGAAGGGCAAGGGCAUGCUAACGUCAUCGGGGGGCCAGUCCCCAAGUCGCAGCCCCGUGCCGCCCGGCGCCGGAGGCUACCUGAACUCUAUGCAUUCGCUGGUCAACAGCGUCCCUUAUGAGCCCCAGUCGCCUCCGCCCUUCUCCAAGCCCCCACAAGGCGCCUACGGGCUGCCUCCCGCCUCCUACCCAGCGCCCCUGCCCAGCUGCGCGCCCCCACCGCCCCCACCGAAGCGCUAUGCAGGGGCGGGCACAGGGGGCAACCCAGACUACGACCCGCACGCUCAUGGCCUGCAGGGCAAUGGCAGCUAUGGGACUCCACACUUACAGGGAAGCCCCGUCUUCGUGGGGGGCAGCUAUGUGGAGCCCAUGAGCAACUCUGGGCCUGCACUCUUUGGCCUAACUCACCUCCCCCACGCCACUUCGGCCGCCAUGGACUAUGGGGGCACUGGGCCGCUGGGCAGCGGCCACCAUCACGGGCCAGGGCCAGGGGAGCCACACCCUACCUACACGGACCUUACCGCUCACCAUCCUUCUCAGGGAAGAAUUCAGGAAGCGCCCAAGCUCACCCACCUGUGAUGGUGGGCUGGGACUGCGUGCCAGGAGAGUCCCCCCACUCCCUUUCUCUUUUGGUUUUUGUUUUGUUUUGCUUUUUAGGUUCUUCCUCCCCCUCCUUUUUCUCUUUCCUCUGAUCCCUUUUCCCGUUUUGUUUGAUUUCUAAUGUGUUUUUAUAGUUUAUGUGACGUAGCAAUCUUGGUUGCUGUAAUGGCUGUCAGUAACUAGCGAUAUUUAUCUCAUCCUGCCCCUUGUUGGGCCUCUGGCCCUGAGUCCUUUACCUUCUCUACUUCUUUGAUCAGAAACAGGGUAUAUGAACAAAUUUUCUAGUCGAGUUUCCAAUGUGAAUUUGUUCGUACGUUAUGGCUCCCGAGGGGAAGCAAUUACUUUUAUUUUUAAUUUUUAGUUUUUGAAAUUGCACUUCUUGUAACGAGCGAGAAAAAAAAUCAAAGGCGCUUUGAAACAGGGGUUCCCUGUGCAAGGAUGACUAAGUGUACGUCUCUCCGUGUGUGUAUGCUGGUGAACAGUCAGAUUUAUUUAUAUUUUUUGCAAGCAUUGAAUAGUCUAAGUUUUAAAUAUUAUUUAUCCCCAUCCGUUCGUAUUUAUAUUAAAGAAAUUCUGUACCCUGAUUGUUCAGAAGGUUUCUUGGGCCUUUUGUUCAAUGGUGUAUUGGCGUACAUAUAAACAUUUAUUUGAAAGGGAAGUAUAAUUCCUUUAUGAAAACGGUAACGAUGCAAUAAAACCAGAGAGGAUCCAGCAUUUGAAAACAGUGGUUUAGGUUUGUAACAUCCGGCAAAAAUGAAAAAGCAAUCUGUAACUGCUAGAUUUGUUUUGAGAGUUUUACAUUCCUUGCUGCUCAUAUUCUGAAAAACAAAACAAAAAAUAAAAAAUUUUAUUCUGAUUAAUAUCCAUGUUGAGAAGGAUUUUUAUGGCUGAAGAUGGUGGUUUGAGUAAAAUACAGGGAGACUAGCUGGCAGAGUAGGCCGCGGUAGGCCACCGACUCUGACGUGAGGCCUGGCCAGGCGGCUCGCCCGCAAGCCGGGGGAAUCAGGAAGAAGGUCUGGGUUCCGGGCGGCGGCGGCGGCGGUUCUGGACGCGUGUGCGGCCGGCCCGCUGGGCUGCCUAGUUCCCAGCUGCUGCGGAGGCUGGCCAGGGCGCGGUGGCUGCUGACGGCAGAGUUCGCAAGAAACAAAGGCAGCCCGGCCCGCGGCGCGGCGGGGGGCGCACAGGUGCUGGGCGACUCAGAGAAGGGAAAAUGCGGGGCGCUCUUCCUCCUUUGCUCAAAAACGGACUAGCCAACGCCAUAACUUCGAGAUCGCCAGCCGUUCAGAGAAUGCCGAGCCCUUGCCAGAAACGACCAAACUCCGCGUCUCCAACACCGAUGCUUACCGGCCCACCGUUAUCCAGUCAGAAGGAAAGAAUUUUUCUUAAAAUCGCCACGCAGAGCGAAGCAGUUCCGGAAGGACAGAACCUUCCUCCAGAUUCCAGCAAAAGGAGCUCGGUAGAGUCUCCCGGAGCCCUUCCUUGGGCUGCAAGGAAUCCUUUCCAUGAAUCCUAGCAUCAGUUUCUUCCCGGAAUUUAGAUUCGCCACCAUACCCCUGGAUUUAUUUCCUCUCCAUCUUCCCUCCCAGCUUUCUUUU